CCUAUCAACUUCCUCUGAAAAUUAGUUGGCAACACUGGACGGGAGGUUUCUUCAACUGCGACAACUGAUUUGAUAGCCAACAUAAAACCGAAACAUUGAAGCGUUUUCGACCAAUCUUGUGUAUAUUACUCUUGGUGGUUUAAACAUAAUUCUGUUUACCUAUCUACUACUUCUUUUAAACGUAAUUUGCUUGUGAAAUUAGCGAAUGUGUUAAAUUGAUACAGCGUUAGGCUAAUCACCCGGAGCAUGAGCUCACGAAGCUCGACGGAGAAAUAAGCUCUGGUGAAAGAAGACGAGGAAGCAUUCAGAAUGAAAAAGGAGGAAGAGGAGGCUAUUACUUUGAAAGAAGAAGAGGAUGAUAUUACAGUGAAAGAGGAAGAUGGAAAAGAGGUUGUCAGAGUGGAAAAGGAGGAGGUAGAAGCUUUCAGAAUCAAAAAGGAGGAAAAUGCCAUAACAUUGAAAGAAGAAAAUGUAGUGAAAGAAGAGGAAGAACAUUUUGGAGGGAAAGAGGAAGAUGAGGCUAUCUCAGUAAAAGAGGAGGAGGAAGACGUUUUGGUAGUGAAAAAGGAGGAGGAGACUGAAGUACCGAUUACCACCAAAGAUGAGGUUUGCUGUUUGGAGAAAGAAGCUCUGGCGCUGAACAUGGAAGAAGAAGAGGAGGAUAUUACAGUGAAAGAACCUUUCAGAAUGAAAAUUGAGGAAGAGGAGGUUGUUAUAGGAAAAGAACCCUUUAGAGAGGAAGAGGAUGUUAUCUCAAUAAAGGUGAAGAAGGAAGACGUUUUGGGAGUGAAAGAGGAGGAAACAGAAGAAGCUUUCAGUAUGAAAAGGGAGGAAGAGGAGGCUAUCACGUUGAACGAGGAUGAUAUUACAGUGAAAGAGGAAGAUGGGAAAGAGGUUAUCAGCGUGGAAGAGGAAGUAGAAGCUUUCAGAAUCAAAAAGGAGGAAGAUGCCAUAACAUUGAAAGAAGAAGAGAAUGUAGUGACAGAAGAGGAAGAACCUUUUGGCGUAAAAGAGGAAGAGGAGGCUAUCUCAAUUAAAGAGGAGGAAGACGUUUUAGGAGUGAAAGAGGAGGAGGAGACUGAAGAUCCGAUUAAGACCAGAGAGAGACAUGACUAUUGUGGAUCCUCUGGGAAGCCUCAACAACAUCCUGAUGCUGACGAGGCAGAGAAGAGUCUCUCCAGAUCAGAACACCAGAUGGACAAUGCUAGCCCACCCCCUUCCGCCUUCCCGGAGUCCCUGUGUCGUGCCUCUCCCGGUAGCGCCUUACUGCUGGGUAUGAAGAGGUUGUCUGUGCUGCUGGUGGACUGCAGGAAAACAACGGGGCUGCGUGGAACUGUGAGAGGAGGAGAAGAGAAGAAAGGAUCAGAUUUGACUCAUCAAAGAGGAAAACCAAACUUGGAGGAACCAAAGACGUCCAAACCAGCUAGACGACACCUCUGCUCCCAGAUUGGAAAGAGUUUUACCAAGUUAGGAAGCCUGAAAAGACAUGAGAGGACACGCACAGAACCGAAGCCACAAAAUUGCGCCCGGUGUGGAAAGAGUUUUAGCCACUUAGGAAAUCUGAAAGCUCAUGAGCGAACACACACACGGGACAGGCCUUUCCAUUGCUCCCAGUGUGGAAAGCGUUUUAAGCGGUUAGACACCCUCAAAACUCAUGAGCAAAUACACACAGGGGAGAAGCCAUACCAUUGCGCCCAGUGUGGAAAGCGUUUUAUCCGGUCAGGAAGCCUGAAGGAACACAUGAGACUGCACACAGGGGAGAAGCCUUACUACUGCUCACAUUGUGGAAAGAGUUUUAACCAUUUAGUUAGCAUGAAAAGACAUGAGAGGAUACACACAGGAGCGAAGCCACACCCUUGCUCUCAGUGUGGGAAGAGUUUUAAGCGCUUGGACACCCUCAAAGCUCAUGAGCGAAUGCACACGUGAGACACCAUACCAUUGCGCCCAGUGAGGAAAUAGUUUUAGCCUAUUAGAAAACCUGAGAGUUCAUGAGCGAAUACACACAGGGGAGAAGCCUUACCACUGCUCCCAGUGUUCAAAGUGUUUUACCCAUUUAGGAAGCCUGAAAGAACACAUGAGACUGCACACAGGGGAGAAGCCUUACAAAUGUUCAGACUGUGGGAAGACAUAUUACUCAUCACAGUAACUUAAAUGUCACGUGAGAAUCCACACAGGAGAGAAUACUUACUUAUCCUAGUGUGUGAACUCAUAUUUCACAUCACAUUGACUUAAAAUUCAUCAGAGAACGUACAGUUCUAUCAAUGUCUUAUUGUUGACUGAGAAUGUGUUUACUUGUUUAUACCAUAUGAAAUUGCAUUGUACAAAGUAUACUCAAAAAUAUAUUUUCAGGUUUUUAUUAGAAAACAUGAAUUGAAUAUUGAUAAGGGAAUUUCUAUGUUUAAAGUAAUGAUUAAAGAAUUCCACCCUGAAACGUAAUUAUUAGAUUAUGUAUAAUGAAUAAUUAGACAAACGUAAUUAUUAGAUUAUUUAACAUGUAUAAUGAAUAAUUAGACAAACGUAACUAUUAUUAAUUAUUAUAUUAUGUAACAUGAAUAAUUAAAGUGAUAAACUUAUAAGGUUUGGUCGAGACCAGUAAGGGAGAGAAGUGUGUGUCUCUAAGAAAAUACAGAGGACAAUUAAACUAUUCAUGACCUGACCUGGUUGGAACUCUAAGAAACUUAUGACAGGAAAGGGAGUCCUGUCAAGGUCCCUCUAAUCUCGGGAGGAUAGAACUGCCAGCCUGGUAGUGAUGAAUGAGGACUGUGGGGAAAAAUACAUCCUACCUACUGUUUGUAUGUCUGUAUGUGCGUGAAAGUAGUUGGGGGUGAGAGUUAUAAAAAGACAUGUCUUUGCAUUUUUUGACUUUAGAACGUUCUCUGAAUAAACUGUACGGACCUUUUGCAUAAGCUGAGUCUUUACCUAAUUAUUAUUAAACCCAGGGUCUUGCAAACCUCGGGAUUGGUUAAAGCUUAAAUAAUUGUUUAGUUAUCAUCAUUGGGAUUGAAAAUUCUCGUGAAAAAUAUGGAGUAUGUCAGUUUGAAUAUGAGUAGAUCAGAUUCCAUGUGUUUAAAUGGUCCUUUUUUAAACUCUGUGUGUGUUUAUAUGCAUGUGUCAUUCCUCCAGCACUACAGAUAAUCAAGUGAUAUUUGAAUGUGAUGCAUUUGCUCCAUUGUUUACAUUUGCAUUGUUGGCCCACUGAUGAUUUAAUGACAUGAAAAUAUUCAGACUGUAAUGGAAAAUGUUAAUUGUAUGUGUGUCCACAUAACUGAUUAUGUGACUAACCUUGUGAAACUGUCCUAUUAUAAUAUCCUGUUCUUGGGAGUAUCAUCCUGUGUUGCAAACCAGCUGCACCUGUGUCCUUGUAUGAAUAAAGUCCCGCCCAGGAACAGGAAACUAUAAAGAUACUUGCUCAUCACCCAAUUCUUUGGAAUUCAGACUGUCUACACUGCGCUGUGUAACUCUGUUAUUCUCUCUGAGCUCAGAAAUAAAGAGUCUUGGUUUGACUUGGACUCCACCCAACUUGCAACCUAAA